CAGUGGUUGCAGUUGCUGAUGAUUUCACGGCAACAGCAGUGAAACACAGAGUGCGCUCCGGUAGCUGGUUACUGAAUGAGACACUGCAAAUGGGUGGAAAGAAAAAAGACAGCGCGUGAGAGAGAGUCAGAGAGACACAGAGAGGGAAGCUGAGAGCAAGGAAAGUGCUCCGGCUCGAGGAGAGUCUCCCAGGUGUACUGCAGAAGCUUUUUGGAAAUGGAUGCAAGGACCAUCUGCUGCCUAUAGAUUAGAGGACUGUAGACUAGGAGUGCAGAGAAAGAGCUUAUGGCUCUUUUUAAUAAAAAUCAAAGUUCUGCAUAACUGAUUCAUCAAGAUAAAUCAUGAGUGUGCUCUUGCAUGGGAUAUUAAUGUGUAAAUCCAUGCUUCAGACAGACAGAGUACAGCCUAUAUUGCUAUAAAAAAUAAACCCAGCAACAAUGCAGUGAAUAAAUUCUGCAGUGAUUAUCUGAUUUAUGUACGAAGAAAAAGAGAAGCAAAACACAGACAGCUCUUAGCGCACUGUGGCAUUUGCAAGGCACUGCAUUUAAUGCUGAGAGAUGCUAUACAUUAAAUCUGACAACUGUGAAAAGAGAGAUCAUGGAGAAGUCAAGUAGUGAGGAUUCUUCAAUUCACCGGAGUCCAUCUUUGGAUAGCAAAGACUCAGAUUUUGCUAAACCUUCUACCUCAGGGAGGCAAUUUGGUCGAGGUUUUACUGCAGGAGCUUUCUAUGGUACAACUGGAUCACGCACACAGAGCCACACUGGGGUCGGAACCGGGACCGGCGCUGGGACUGGAACUGGCGUAAAAAGUGAAAAAUACAGUGCACCCAAAGGCAGCAAAUACGUGGUCUUUUACCUGGAUCUAUCCUUUGUUUUCCUUUUAGAAUUUAAGAAGUGCAACAUGGCAAGAGGCUGCCUGUGUUGUUUGAAAUACAUGAUGUUCCUUUUCAAUUUAAUAUUUUGGUUAUGUGGCUGUGGUCUGCUGGGCGUGGGCAUCUGGCUGUCAGUGUCCCAAGGGAACUUCGCCACAUUUUCUCCCAGCUUUCCAUCGCUUUCAGCUGCCAACCUAGUCAUUACCAUUGGCACAGUGAUCAUGGUGACCGGCUUCCUGGGCUGCCUAGGUGCUAUCAAGGAAAACAAGUGCCUCCUGUUGAGUUUUUUCAUCGUUUUGCUGAUAAUUCUCCUGGCAGAGCUGAUAUUAGUCAUUUUAUUCUUUGUUUAUAUGGACAAGGUCAGUGAGAGUGCAAAGAAGGAUUUGAAGGAAGGUAUGAAGCUAUACAAUUCAGAAAAUAAUAUUGGACUGAAAAAUGCAUGGAAUAUCAUUCAAGCAGAGAUGAAAUGCUGUGGUGUGAAUGACUAUACGGAUUGGUACCCAGUGCUGGGAGAAAACAUUGUUCCAGACCGAUGUUGUAAGGAAAACUCCCAAGACUGUGGACGGAACUCUACUGAAUCACUGUGGAAAAGGGGAUGUUAUGAGGAAGUUAUGAGGUGGUUUGAUGACAAUAAGCAUGUCCUUGGUUCGAUUGGGAUGUGCAUCCUCAUAAUGCAGAUUCUUGGCAUGGCCUUCUCCAUGACACUAUUCCAGCAGAUUCACAGGACUGGCAAAAAAUAUGAUGCCUAAAAGCCUCUGAAACAUUAUCACACCAACCUUUCUGUCUCAUCAUAAAGCGAACACGAAGAAUGACUGCAAGGAGCAUCACGCCUAGCCCUGCUGAGGAAAUCCGUCCCAUUGACAGAUCCACUUCGUUGUUAGUUGUCCAGUUAUUAUCACAACUUAUUUGACUCUUUUCUUUUUUCGGUUUCACAUUUGCCAUUUAUUUGCCAAAGAGGGGGGAAACUCCCCAAACAAAUGGAUUUUCUACAUGAAAUCAUAGAUCUGCUCUAAGAAUGUUUCUUAACUUAAGAAAAUGUUUUGCUCUACUAAUCCAUGCUAUAUGUGCAAAAAUUAUGUGUGUUUGACUUCAAGGGAGAAUUCUUCAAGGUCUUCCAUUAGGUUUUCAACCCUUAUGUCCAAUUUACUGGAAGACUCAGAAAGGCCACUCUGAGAGUCCUAGAAAUUGGAGCUGCUUUGCUUUGCAGCUUCUUGUACCUUACGGUGUAUACUUUUUUAUUAUGAUAAUGAUGAUUAUUAUAUGAUAAAUAUAGCUUAGAAUUUAGUUGCCUGACUUAUAACUUCUUACUGUUUUUGGUUUUACACAUUUAUUGUACAUUAAUUUGGGAACUGCUGUGCGAUCUCCAGAGGACAUGUUCUGCAACGUUGACAGUAGGUGCAGGCAAAGACAUAACUUUUCUCAAGUCCGUGGGGAGGAAGCACCUACCUUUAUCAGGGCCUUGAUGCCCUUACUGUAACAAAGGUAUUUCCUUUAAAAUCAGAGACUCUUUCCUCAGAUGGAAUGCAAAGCCUUCCCAUCGGACCAGAGGAUGAGCUUCCUACUUCUGCGAGGCAAAGUUCCAAUGCCUUUACUCACCCAAAGCAGUGCCUGGCUGCUUUAUGUUAUGCUACUUUGAAAGCUAAAAGUACUGACUAAGCAAGUUACUGCUGGCACAAAGGAGAGAGAUUGCAGUCUGACCUACUGGCAGCAGACUUCACUGACUGUGUUGUCUGCUUCAAAAAGUUUGCCCAAGGCAUGGCAAGCUGCUGGAUGUGAAGGAAGGGAAUGGCAAUUUGAUGGCACCAUUAUCAUGCCAUGGCCUUUGUUGUAGGGAUUUCCUCAGGCCAAAGACAGCUGUCUCCCUGAGCUAGAAAAGACAGUUUGAUUAUGAGUUGACCAGAUGAUGCAGAAAAGGGGCAAUUUCCAGAACAGCACUUAGAGAUGGUCUGUAUUGGCACACCUUCAGUACGGAAUUGUUUUUCGUUGACAGAUCACCAAGUUCAUCCACUGGGGUAGUUUACUCAAUGCAUAUUUUUACCAACAUUCCUAUUAGAAAACUUGAAUGUGUAUUUCUCCACUUUGAAUGCUUCUUCAUUGCAUGGGGCCCCCACUUACCCAUUGUUACAAGUUUUUGCUGUUUUGGAAGGAAGAAGGAAAGACUCAGACAAUGGAGAAUGCUCUGAUUAUUACUAUUACAUUAUUGGGCUGAGUUUCAGAAACUGUUGAGGACGGAGAUUUUGUGCCUUUCAGAGCCAUGCCAUCUCAUCUCUGGUAAACAAGAUUCUAUUAUGUCCAGUCUGAACAUGCAUACCUCAAGCUCUAAAAAGAUGUCAUUUUCAUUGUAUCAUUCAGCCUAUCUUUUCCUUGUGGGCUAAAAUAGCUGUUGAGCCACUUUAUAUCUGGGAGGUUUUAGUCCCCUAUUUAUCUUCCUAAUAAGCCCUGCAUGCAUCUGUACUUCUGGCAGCAAUAGUGUUUUGUGUGACCUACGUGUCACUUCUUUGAGUUCCUAUGAAAUCAGUGUGACAGGAAGGAGUGUGAAUGUGUGGGAGAUAGAGAUGAAUUUGGGUGUUGCAGUGAAGAAGAAGGUUACUAUUCUUAGAGCACAGCCCUUGCCCAUAUGAGCACAAUGCCCAAGUUUCACAGGGCUCUGGUUUCCCACUAAAGUAGACAAGGCCAUAUGGGUUCAGCUAUUUCACUUGGAUAACCUUUGAAGGAGUCAGGGAAGAAGCAGAGGGAAAGCACAGAAACUGAAUCCAGUUUUACUUCAAUUUCUAACAAAAAUUGGGACCAGGAGCAUCUGAGCCUCACUGGAGAUGGCUGUUCCCUGUUGAAGAAGGGGCUCUGAUGCCCAGUGUAUCUGCUGCUACAUGUAAGACUGUAUCCAAAGUUGCUAAGAUGUGUUCCCAUUUUUGCAAGAAAAGACAGGAUGGUUUUCGUCUGAUGGCUCCACUGCAUUCUCCCUUUGGGCAGAGGUACUUAGCUUUCUCUAGAUUUUCUGGUGCUCAAAAAGAGCCAGGUGCAGGGUUGAGUAGGAGAAUCAUCUCUGUCCUUUUGGGUCGCACAGUGGUACCUGCCGCAUCUUAAAUUUUAAUCUGCAGUCAGUUUUUGUACAAAAAUGGUAAAAUAUAUUAGUGAAAGUAAUAAGGAAAUAAAAGAUGUUUAUGAGUAA